UCCACAGACACACACACGCGGCACACACACUACCCGAUCGACUUGCCUUGUCAUGGCCGACGCGGAACGCCAGCAGCACGGCCCAGGCGACGGCGGGCGCCCCCACUUCCUCAUCGUGGCCUACGGCAUCCAGAGCCACCUCAACCCGUGCCGCGUCCUCGCGCGCCGCCUCGUGCAGCUCCACGAUGCGGACGGCUCAGGCCCCGUCCUCGCCACGCUCUCGGUCCCGCUGUUCACCCACCGCCGCAUGUUCCCUUUGUCCGGCAACGGCGAGCCGGAGGGGGCGGAGGCCGCAGACGGUGCCAUCUCCUCCCUUCCCUUCUCCGACGGCGUCGACGACGGCACCACCGCCAGGGGCCCCGAGGAGAGGGCGCGCCGCCGCCGCGCGUCCGCCGAGAGCCUCUUUGAGGUCGUCGCGCGCCUCGCCUCCCGCGGCCGGCCCGUUACGUGCAUCGUGUGCAGCAUGAUGCUCCCCUGGGCACUGGACGUCGCGCGGGAGCACGCCAUCCCGUUGGCCGUGUUUUGGAUACAGCCGGCAACCGUCCUCGCCACCUACUACCACUACUUCCACGGUUACGGCGAGCUCAUCGCGUCCCACGCCGCCGACCCCGCGUACGAGGUGACUCUGCCCGGGCUGAGCAGGCCUCUCAGGAUCCGUGACUUCCCGUCAUUCCUCGUCGACACGACCGGAGGUGAGGUGGGCAAGGUCGUCAACGCGGUGUUCUGUGAGCUGUUCGAGUUCAUGGACGAGCAGAGGCGGAAUGUCAAGGUCCUCGUGAACACUUUCGACGAACUGGAGCCGGCAGCGCUGGCGGCCAUGAGGGAGCACAUGGAUGUGUUCGCCGUCGGCCCCGUGGUCGGGUCUUCGGCCGACGCGCGGAUCCAUCUGUUUAACCACGCUGGUGACGACAAGAUGAGGUACAUGGAGUGGCUCGGGGCGCAGCCGGCGAGGUCGGUGGUGUACGUCUCGUUCGGCAGCAUAUGGACGUACAGCAAGCAGCAGAUGGAGGAGAUCGCGGACGGGCUGCGGCGGUGCGGACGGCCGUACCUGCUCGUGGUGCGCAAGGACGGGCGGCAGGAGGACGUGAGCCGCUGCCUCGAGGACGUUGUGCAGGAGAGGAAGGGCAUGGUGGUGGAGUGGUGCGACCAGCCGGAGGUCCUCUCGCACCCGUCCGUGGGGUGCUUCGUCACCCACUGCGGGUGGAACUCGACGCUCGAGGCCAUGGCGCUGGGCGUGGCUGUCGUCGCCGCGCCGAGCACGUUCGACCAGCCGACGAACGCGAUGUUGAUAGAGGAGGAGUGGGCUGCCGGCGUUAGGGGAGAGCGCAACGGCGAGGGCAUCUUCUCCGGGCCGGAGCUGGCGAGGUGCGUUGAGCUGGUCAUGGGCGACGGCGCGAGGGCCGUGGAGGUCAGGAAAAAAGUGGAGUCUCUGAAAGGGAUGGCGCGGGAUGCAAUGGCUCCCGGAGGGCCGGCGGAAAGAAACCUCCGAAGCUUCGUCAUGGAGGUCCAAAGUUCGGAUGAAGCUCGCAGGAAGGAUACAAACACCAUAAGUCCACAACCAUGACGAAAUCGAUGCCAAACUUAGCCUAUAGAUUCGCACAGUCAUAUUCUAAUCAACUCGGGAUUUAAAUACUCGUUUAUUAGGAUUUGCACGUGUAUGUUUUAAGAUGGGCAGCGCAGUGAGUGGAUACUGUCCCGACAGAUGGACAUGGAUCAUAUACUGUAUUAAAGAAGAUAAGUAAAGAGUGCCUCCAGCGUAGUUUACAGGGUUAUCAAUACAUGC